AUGACCAGGACUCAAGCUUUGGACGAUCUGAUAAUGGGAACAAAUAGCAGUAGCAUCGUUUCUAAGCGGAGCGUAGAAAGGCUCUACUACCCAGAUGAACUGCACUUUUUCCGCUACUUCGUGAACAAGUUCCAACGAAGAGCCCCUCUCAUCAACCGUGGUUACUGGCUAAGGCUCAGAGCCAUUGAUGUGAUCGUCCGCCAAUUCGUCACCUCGCCGAAGCCUGGGCGUAAGAAGGUAGUUAUCAACUUGGGAGCAGGAAGCGAUGUUCUUCCGUGGCAAUCCUACCAUCGCUAUGGUGACUCUUGCGAGAACACAUUGUUCAUCGAUGUCGACUACCCGGAUCUCAUGCUCAAGAAGCGGGCUAUUGUUCUCGGAACACCGCAGCUACAUGAGUUACUGGGUGGCAGUCCGACCAUCAGCGAAAAAGUCACGGAUCAGAUACUCCUCCGUAGCGACAAGUAUUGCCAGAUUGGCUGUGAUCUCAGGGAACUGGAGUCUCUUCAAAACUGUUUCGAGUCAUUCUUGAACUUGAAUGAAUGUUCUGUGUUGUUUGUUGCCGAAGUAUCCAUAACUUAUAUGGACACAUUCUCGGCUGAUGCUCUGGUUCGAUGGGCUAGCUCUAUGGGACAAGGUAAAGAAAUCUCCAAGUCGCUAUCGGAAUGCACAAUGCUGAAGCAUUUCAAUAAACUCAAUACGCCCCUAAAAUCGGUUGACGAAUACCCAACCGUAGAAAGCCAGCGCCGUCGCUUUCAGGAACGGGGUUGGAGCAGCGUCGAUGUCUGGGACCUUUGGGAGGUCUGGAAUAGCGAUUUGUUUCUUGACUCAGCCGAAAGAGCUGCCCUUGACGACGUCGAACCUUUUGAUGAAUGGGAGGAGUUUGUCCUGUUCUCAAGACACUAUGUCGUGUUGCAUGCCACGGCUUAUCAUAAAGCUGAGAGAGGUGUGGGCCAAUGUGGUCAAGCUGGUGUUUGCAAUAAGUAUGUCAAAGCAAAGGUGACAGCAUUAGGAUCGUUGGGCGCUCCCAAACGUCGAUUUGGUGCGCCUCUGGUAGCCUACAGUCCAGAGGGAGACAAGUUUCUUAUUAACGCUUUGGGGAUGGGUAUCAAAGCAAGACUCGAUUCCUGCGAUAUCUAUUCUCUUCAACAGGACAGUAUGGCUCUGGAGAUAUCACCUGCCGGACCAACUGCAAGACUGUGUCACGCAACCGUCGACAUUGGACAUCUUGGCACUUUACUUAUUGGAGGUCGGGCUUCUCCGUCAAAGGCUCUCAAUGACUGUUGGAUCUUCAAGAAGGACUCCAACCGUUGGGAAAAGACCUUUGAUCUCCCUGCACCGCUGUUCCGGCACUGCGCUGUUCAUUUACCAGGCUCAUCUCUUGCACUUGUUCUUGGUGGCAAGACAGGACCUUCCAAUAUUUCACCAGAUUAUUAUGUGUUCCACCCUGUCAAAGGGUGGCUCAAAUGUUUAGUGACUGGCGCCAAACCCAGCUCUACUUUUGGAACACUUGCCGUUGCUUCACCAAGUCACGGAAGCAAAUAUGGCACCUUCCAGGGACUGGUGGCAGGAGGAAUAAGUAAAUAUGGUAAAAUCAACGAGCAGGCUUAUUUCUGGACUAUCAACGUCUCGACCGAUGUGCCACACAUUCACUUUGAAAUAGCCACGGACUCUCAUGGCUAUGCAAGGUCACUUUCAGUCUUUGGUGCCCAAACAGCAGCCGUGGAGUCCUCGCACUUCGUAUGCGGUGGCGUGGGACAGGACCCAUCUUCACAAGGCCAAUCUAUGACUUGCAUUUCGGUCAAAGAGGGGCAUUUGGAAGUAUUCAAUGUCGACUUGAGAAGUGAUGCCAAGCGAUUGCCUUUCAUGGUUGGCUCUGCGACUGUUUCUUCUGGCUCUGAGCUUGUUGUUCUGGGUGGAGGGGCGACCUGUUUCUCCAUGGGAACAUUCUGGGAUACCGGCGUCUACAAGAUCGAUCUCACGAAUACUCUCUCAGAAAUGCCACAUAUCCGGCCGGCGACUUGUAGCUCAGUCUCAGUCAACUACCAGGAUUCGCCUAAACUUACACAUCCAACAAUCAUCAUUGAUUGGCAUCAGCCGACUCUCAAACCCUCGAUCAAGUCGAUUGCAAGAAUCAAGCUACAAUCGAAAUUUGACUUUGAACAACUGGUCGAGAACAGAAAGCCAGUUAUCAUUGAAAGCUUAGACCUGGGUGGCUGCGUGGAUAAAUGGAGCCCCGAAUACAUGAUCCAGCGCGUAGGUCAGACGAAAGAGAUCGUUGUGCAUGAAUGUCAAAGUUCAACAGGCAAGAUGGACUUCAAUUCCAAGAACUUUCGUUAUGUUACCGAGCCAUUCUCGGCGUUCAUGGCCAAGGCCGCUAGAGGUGAAGCGGUGUAUUUACGAGCUCUCUCGGAAGCAAAGCCUACUGAGUCCCCAGCCAAUCUUCAAGACGACUUCCCAACUCUUGCCGACGACUUUCAAUUGCCAGAAGAACUUAGUUUGAUCAAGGAUCGGAUGUUCAGUUCCGUGCUGAGGAUAUCCGGCCGAGCAAAGAUGUGGCUACACUACGAUGUCAUGGCAAACGUCUAUACUCAGAUCCAAGGAUCAAAGCGGAUGGUUCUCCUUCCGCCAACGGACGUUAACAAUCUGGCAUUUGCGCCGGGUGCCUCAAGCUCAAGCCUUGAUGUUUUGGAAGCCCUAGACAAGCAGGAGUUGGUGUCGACGACAAAUCCGUACGAAGCUAUUCUUAACCCGGGUGAUCUCCUGUAUAUCCCAGCGAUGUGGCUUCAUACUGCUAGCCCUACCACCGAUCUCAGCGUUGCGGUCAAUGUCUUCUUUCGUGACCUGGACAGCGGUUAUUCAACAGGCCGAGAUGUGUAUGGUAACAGGGAUCUGGCAGCGUAUGAGAAGGCACGGCAAGACAUCAGCCGGAUUGUAAAGAACUUUGACCGGCUGCCAUCUGAAAUCCGGGAUUUCUACCUGAAAAGACUCGCGGAUGAGCUGUUUCACAAACAGCACUGA